AGGGGAAUAUUUAACUUUUCUCGUUACGGCGACAGGGUCUGGGUAUUUCACGGCAUUCUCCUCCCUCAGCCUGACUUCUCAAAAGGACCGCACAGAUUGACUCCUUGGUGCUGAAAGCAAAGCUCCGCGUGAGUGUGACUUGGCUUUGUUCUUUUACAGAGGUGCUCUCCUCAACUGAUGUGUAGGAUGUGUCCUCGGACAUGGGUAUUGAAAAGAAUUAAGCCUUCAUUGAUAACGUCAUUCUAAGGGCUUGAUGCAAGUAAAUGCGUUCAUUUCUUUAUCUCCGCUGUGACUCUAUGGAGAGCAUUUUCGAGAAACAGUUCUGCCUCCCCAGGGGCUGUACAACUUAGGACUGUGUGAAUUCCCCGAAGUAGGAGGAAAAAUGAACAUGUUCCAGGAAGAAGUGACCUUCAAUGACGUGGCUGUGGUCUUCACCGAGGAGGAGCUUGGGCUGCUGGACUCUACCCAGAGGCAGCUGUAUCAAGAUGUGAUGCUGGAAAACUUCAGGAACCUACUCUCAGUGGGGCAGCAACCAUUCUACCAAGAUACUGUCCACUUCAUAAAGGAAGAAGAAGAAGAGUUUUGGGAGAUGGACACAGCAACCCAAGAAGAAGAGAAUUCAGAGACAAGUUCUUACCAAGUUACCCAGGUUGAUUUCAAGCCCCUGGAAAUAGUUGAUCCUCUUGCCUCUGCAUCCCAAAGUGCCGAGAUUACAGGAGACAUUAUCCAAACCGAGAUGAAGACUUUUAUAAAAGCAGAACCAGAUGAAGAGUUCUCCUACCAGCAAAUCUGGGAACAAGUCGCAAGUGAUUUAACUGGGUCUCAAAAUUCCAUGAUAGAUAGCUCUCAGUUCUCCAUACAAGGUGCUAUGCCCUGCCAUGUUGAGGCACAACUAUCUAUAAUUCAGUUAGGAGAGGAAGAUUACCAAGAUACCGAACAUAAACAAUCCUUCAAUGAUGUUUCCAUCUUUGGUUUUCAUCAACCAUUACCCUCAAGAGAGAAGUCUCAUACAUGUGAUAAGUGUGGGAAAAGCUUCUGUUAUAGUUCAGCUCUUCUUAUUCAUCAGAGAGUCCACAUGGGAGAGCAACUCUAUAGGUGUGAUGUGUGUGGCAAACAGUACAGUCAGAGUUCACAUCUACAGACUCACCUGAGCGUCCAUACUGGAGAGAAACCAUUCAAAUGUGAGCAAUGUGGGAAAGGCUUCACUCGAAGAUCAGCACUUAAUGUUCAUUUUAAAUUACACACAGGAGAGAAACCUUAUACUUGUGAGGAAUGUGGGAAGGCCUUUAUUUUUGAUUCACAGUAUCAAGAGCAUCAGAGAAUUCAUACUGGGGAGAAACCAUUCAAAUGUGACAUAUGUGGUAAGAGCUUCCGUGGUAGAUCAAGGCUUAAUAGGCAUUCCAGGGUUCACACGGGAGAGAAACCAUUCAGAUGUAAUACAUGUGGUAAGAACUUUCGUCAGAGAUCAGCUCUUAAUAGUCAUUGCAUGGUCCACACAGCAGAGAAACCAUACAAAUGUGGGCAGUGUGGAAAAAGCUUUAUUUGUAGGCGAGAUCUUUAUAACCAUUAUAUGGUCCACACAGGAGAGAAACCAUAUAAUUGCAAAGAAUGUGGAAAGAGCUUCAGAUGGUCUUCAUGUCUUUUGAAACAUCAGCGAGUCCACAGUGGAGAAAAACCAUUCAAAUGUGAAGAAUGUGGGAAAGGAUUUUAUACAAAUUCUCAACGGUCUUCCCAUCAGAGAGCCCACAGUGGAGUAAAGCCAUACAGAUGUGAGGAGUGUGGCAAGGGCUACCAAAGGAGAUUGGAUCUUAACUUCCACCAGAGAGUCCAUACAGGAGAGAAACUCUAUAGUUGUAAUGAAUGUGGGAAGAGCUUUAAUCGGGCCCCAUGUCUUUUGAAACAUCAGAGACUCCACAGUGGAGAAAAACCAUUCAAAUGUGAGGAGUGUGGGAAGAGGUUUACUCAAAAUUCACAUCUUCAUUCCCAUCAGAGAGUCCACACCGGAGAAAAGCCAUACAAAUGUGAGGAGUGUGGGAAGGGCUACAACAGUAAGUUUAAUCUUGACAUGCACCAGAGGGUCCACACAGGAGAGAAACCUUAUAUUUGUAAAGAAUGUGGGAAGAGCUUUGGUUGGGCCUCGUGUCUUCUGAAACACCAGAGACUGCACAGUGGAGAAAAACCAUUCAAAUGUGAAGAGUGUGGGAAGAGUUUUACUCAGAAUUCACAACUUCAUUCCCAUCAGAGAGUCCACACUGGAGAAAAGCCAUACAAAUGUGAGGAGUGUGGGAAGGGCUUCAGCUGGUCCUCGACUCGUCUGACCCAUCAGAGACGCCACAGCAGAGAAACAGCACUCAAAUGUGAGGACUGUGGGAAGGACUUUGUACACAGUUCAUUCUUUAACGCCCAAGAUAAAAUUCACAAUGUAGAAAAACCAUACAAAUGUGAGGACUGUGAGAAGGUCUACAGUAGGGGCUUGGAUCUUGAUAUGCAUCAGAUGGUCCACCCAGGAGAAGCAACAUGGAAAUGUGAGGAGUGUGGUAUGUGCUUUAGUCAAGACUCAAGUCUUCAACUUCAUCAGUGUAUCCACAUUGAAGAGAAGACAGGAAUGUCAUUUAUGUGAUAACGUCUACCCAUGAAUAUAAUCUCAUCUGAUAGUUCACAAAAGAGAGAAAGUGUGAGACGUGGUUAGCACUUCACUUUGAGUUCAUAUCUUAACAUUUAUCCCCGAUUCCAUGCUGGUGACACAUUUUAUCCAGUUUUGUUGUUGUGGUGGUGGUUGUUGUUGUUGUUUUGAGUCAGAAUCUUACUCUGUCGCCCAGGCU